GAGGCUCCGAACGAAUAGGAUUGGGGGCAGAUGGUUGAGAGCUCCGGGUUCGAGGCGGAGAGCUUGGGGGUGGGGGUAGGAAGAAGGACCUUCCCCCGGCGUCCGCUUCGCGCCCCCGCAAUGUCCUCGGCUCCCACCAGAAGGCGCCCGCAUUCCCGGCGCCUAGCCUGAGCCUCCGCGGUAACGAGCCUGGAAGCAGCGCAGGGCCGCGCCGCGCCGCGCGGCGAUCUGAAGAGUUGGGCGGCGGCCUGAGCCUUCCCUGGCAAGUGGGACAGGGUGCAGGGAAGCCCCGGCUUUGUUCCUGGGGCUGGUUUCUCAGCUCGGUGCGGAGGUUUCUCACUCCUUCCCGCACCCUGGCAGGAAACGCCCAGAUCCACCCCAGCGCCGUAAUCUACAAAGCCCAGACAGUCCGAAGGCAGGAGGGGUCGGGAGCGCUCGGGAGACAGGAGGAUCCCCCACGCUCUCAGGCUCACGACCGGCUCCCCCGUCAGGCCUCUUCCAGCCCCAUGAGGACCCCCAGGCGGGGGCUGAGAGUCUGGCGCAGCCGGGACCGAAAUCUUGCGGCGGCCUUAGAGCGUUAGACAGGUCAGUGCCCAGGCCGGGUGAGGGCCGAGCUGGAGGCGGGAGGAGGCACGCUCGCCGGUCCACCCUGUUCUCCGUACAGCUGCCCGAGGCCACUCACCGGGUCAACUCCGCCGGGGGCAUCCAAUAGCACGGGCGUGAUUCUGCAUUUUUCAUGACAGGCAAGGUGUGGAGCCUCCCUCUGCAACCCACCCGGGGCCAGGAUGCGGCUGGGCCGCCGGGCCCUCUGUGUGCUGGUCCUGCUGCUCGUCUGCGCCUCGCUGGGGCUUCUGUACGUGCGGACCCGGGACGCGCCGGGCCUUCCCGCACCUCUUGCGUUGUGGGCGCCCCUACAGGGACCCCCCAGGCCAGAGCUACCAGACCUCGUCCCCGAGCCCCGCUACGCCCACAUCCCGGUCAGGAUCAAGGAGCAAGUGGUGGAGCUGCUGUCUGGGAACAACUGCAGUUGUGAGUCUAGUGUGGGGAGCCUUCACCUUCCCUUCCAGAGGCAGGUCCAAGCCAUUGACUUCACCAAGGCCUUUGACCCUAAGGAACUGAAGGCUGCCUCUGCCUCAAGGGAGCAGGAGUUCCAGGCCUUCCUUUCAAGGAGCCAGUCUGCUGCUGACCAGCUGCUUGUAGCCCCUGCCAACUCCCCAUUACAAUACCCCCUGCAGGGUGUGGAGGUACAGCCCCUCAGGAGCAUCUUGGUGCCAGGGCUGAGCCUGCAGGCUGCUUCUGGUCAGGAGGUAUACCAGGUGAACCUGACUGCCUCCUUGGGCACCUGGGAUGUGGCAGGGGAAGUGACUGGAGUGACUCUCACAGGAGAGGGGCAGCCAGAUCUCACCCUCGCCAGCUCAGGGCUGGACCUACUCAAUCGGCAGCUGCAGCUGGUCACUUAUAGCAGCACAAGCUACCAGGCAAACACAGCAGACACAGUCCGGUUUUCCACCGAGGGACAUGAAGCCGCCUUCACCAUUCGUAUAAGACACCCCCCCAACCCUCGACUGUACCCACCUGGGUCUCUCCCCCAGGGAGCCCAGUACAACAUCAGCGCGCUGGUCACCAUUGCCACUAAGACGUUCCUUCGUUACAAUCGGCUGCGGGCACUCAUCGCCAGCAUCCGCCGCUUCUAUCCGACCGUCACUGUGGUCAUCGCCGACGACAGCGACAAGCCAGAAAUCAUUAGCGGUCCCCACAUCGAGCACUAUCUCAUGCCGUUUGGCAAGGGUUGGUUCGCAGGCCGGAACCUGGCAGUGUCCCAAGUAACCACCAAGUAUGUGCUGUGGGUGGACGAUGACUUCAUCUUCACCGCGCGGACGCGGUUGGAGAGGCUUGUGGACGUGCUGGAGCGGACGCCACUGGACCUGGUGGGGGGCGCGGUGCGAGAAAUCUCGGGCUUCGCCACCACCUACCGGCAGAUGUUGAGCGUGGAGCCGGGUGCACCAGGCCGCGGGAACUGCCUCCGGCAAAGGCGCGGCUUCCACCACAAGCUCGUCGGUUUCCCAGGCUGCGUGGUCACAGACGGCGUGGUCAACUUCUUCCUGGCGCGCACCGACAAGGUGCGCGAGGUCGGCUUCGACCCCCGCCUCAGCCGCGUGGCGCAUCUGGAAUUCUUCCUGGAUGGACUUGGUUCCCUUCGGGUUGGCUCCUGCUCAGACGUCGUUGUAGAUCACGCAUCCAAGUUGAAGCUGCCUUGGACAUCAAGAGACGCUGGGACAGAGACUUAUGCCCGGUACCGUUACCCGGGAUCACUGGAUGAGAGUCAGGUGGCCAAACACCGCCUGCUCUUCUUCAAACACCGGCUACAGUGCAUGACCUCAGAGUGAUGGCCACUGGGGGCCUUCUAACUGUCAGGCUGGGCCUGCCUCCUUGUCCCUGCCAGGAAUUUCUAUCAAAUCCCACUACCCUGUGAACUCUACUGACUGUCCCGAUCCCCUUCAGCACCAGAUUCCUAACAGGGGCUUGUCCUGAUGACACUCCUCCUUUCUGUGAGUGCCCAGAGGCAUGAUGGAGCCAUAACUCAUCCCACAGCCAGUGCCAAGUCCUCCUCCCACCCCUUCUCAUGGAGGUGGGGGGUCGUUUUCCAAGUGCCAAAGAGCCCAUGGGGACUCU